AACUCGAGAAUGUCGGCAUUCAAGAACUUCUUGAACAGCCCAGUCGGUCCCAAGACGACGCAUUUUUGGGGCCCCGUUGCCAAUUGGGGAUUCGUCGUUGCUGGGCUUGUGGAUCUCAACAAGCCGCCAGACAUGAUGUCGAGCAACAUGACGAGUGUGAUGUGUAUCUACUCGCUCUUGUUUAUGAGAUUUGCGUGGAUGGUCCAGCCUCGGAACUAUUUGCUCUUCUCGUGCCAUGCCGCCAACGAGUCGGUCCAGCUCUAUCACUUGGCGAGGAUCUACAAUCACCACCAAUCGAAAGGCUCUGCUGCGAAGAGCUGAUGGAAGAGAUGGAAGUUUUCAUAUACUAUACUAUACUCUCAUCUUCGUGGGAAGUUUUGGAUCUACUGCUAUUGCCAUCUCUUUUUCCUAACUAUUACAUUAACAAAUUAUUA